AGUCGAUGUCGCGAGCAAUAGUUCGGCUUCGUUGCCCGCCUGCUCUACUAUCAGUUCUGGCAGUUGUAAAGCACAAGAAAAGCAGCAAGUUCAACAAAACUUCAUAGAGCAUCAACAUCGACUUUUACAACCAGGGAAGAGCAAAGAACUUUCCAAUAUUAAUUUGACCCAGGAUCAUGGUGUUGCCCUGAAUAAUCAUGGUGGCUCAACAUCGGCACGAUUAAAAAUUUGUGUCGCAGGUGGUGCAGGGUUCAUUGGUAGCCAUUUAGCGCAGCGCUUGAAGCGAGACGGGCACUAUGUAGUGGUGGCAGAUCGGCGGCGCAACGAAUUCAUGGCUGAACAGGGCUUUUGCGACGAGUUUCAUC